ACGGUCGCUUACGGUGGCGACGAUUCCGUCAUCGGAAGUUUCCUGCCGGAUCCUCGGGCACAACACUCUUUUAUAUAACCGUACCGUAUACUCGUUUCUUAGUUAACGUUCGGCAUUCGAAGCGGGACGAUCAAUGAAACCGAUCAACAUGUAUACACUACAAGGAUUAGCUAUUUUGAUAGCCUGCCUUGCAAGCAGCAUGGCAGGGCCUAUUGAAAACAGGGCUGUUCAGACCAUCACCGAUGGAAACAAUCGGUUCUCAUCGUUAUUUUUCAGAGAGGUCGGGAAGGAAAACCGUGGCAAUCUGAUCACGUCUCCUCUUAGCGCCUCGAUCGCUCUUUCCAUGGCUGCUUAUGGCUCGCGCGGAGAAACAGAGAAAGAAUUCAAACAAGUUCUUCAUCUUCCAGAGGAGUCUGUAGCUAGAACUGGAUAUUCAAAUAUCAUCAGUACUCUCAACGCCGUCAAAGACGUAGAUCUUCGUCUCGCCAACAAAAUAUUCAUUAACAAGCAAUUCACCGUGAAGCCGAGUUUCCAAGAAUUGACCCAAUCUGCCUUUUUAUCGGCAUCGCAAAAUUUGGACUUUUCUGAAAACGUUCAGGCUGCCGAUACCAUUAACCAAUGGGUCGAGGAACAAACCAACAAACGCAUUAAGGAUCUUAUUAACCCGAAAAACGUAAAUGGUGGUACCGCCAUGGUGCUCGUCAAUGCUGUAUACUUCAAGGGCGAUUGGAAAACCAAAUUUGAUCCUAAAUUGACCAAAAACGAACCCUUCCACGUCACCAAGAACGAAAUUAUAAACGUACCCACCAUGACCAUGACUGAAAAGUUUAAAUACGCUGAACUUACCGAAUUGAACGCCAAGUUACUCGAGCUUCCAUACAAAGGCGAAGAAUUCAGCAUGAUCAUCAUCGUGCCAAACGAUAUCGACGGAUUGACUGAGCUCGAAGAGAAAUUGCCCCAAUAUGAUAUCGGGGAACUUCUCAAGAAGGCAUAUAAGACUGAGGUUCAGUUGCAUCUGCCUAAAUUCAAGAUCGAGAGCAGUCUCAACCUUAAUCAAAAUCUUAAAAACUUGGGAAUAAAGGAGGCCUUUAGCCAGAGUGCUAACUUUAAAGGUAUUUCUGACAUUGGGCUCAAAAUCUCCGAUGUCGUACAAAAGGCUUUCAUCGAAGUAAACGAGGAAGGUAGCGAGGCUGCGGGGGCAAGUGGUGGUUUAGUGAGACCAGUGAGACCAAGUCUUCCAAUCAGGAGGGUUAUAUUCAAGGUGGACAGACCUUUCCAUUUCGUGAUAAAAUCCACAAACAACAAUUUGUCGCUUUUCAUUGGUACCGCGAGCGAAUUUAAGCCAGGAAAGGAAUAGACGUUUUCUUUCAUUCGCAAAUUAAUUGAAACUAAUUAUAGAGUCUAUUUUUAUAUUAUCGAGGAGAACAAACGUUGGGGGAAAAAAGAAGAGCGAAAGCUGACAACGGGGUUUAUAGAUGAAGACAAAGGGAAAUAAAAUAAAUAAAUAAAUAAAUAAAUAAAUAAAUAAAUAAAUAAAAAGAAAAAGAAAAAGAGGCGAAAAAAGAAAACGCCAUUCAGAUUCUUUGAUUCUAAUUAAUCAUUCCUUUUUCUGCAAAAUUGUUACGUUCGCACGAACUAACUUAUUGGAUGAUUACCGAACUAAUCGUGUUUCCUAUAACAAUAACCUAAAGAGUCCACGAAAAUCGAAAUCUAUUAGUCAGAACGGGAUCAAACGCCUCCGUAAGCACACUGCCGCAUGGAUAAGAGUUGAUACAAUAAGAGUUGACACAAGAAAGAAGUCGAGACGGAUUUAUGCGUGGAACGUUCUUAGAUAUAUGGGCAUGAAGAUAAACAAAUAAUCUCGACAAGGUCUAAAGAUCGUGGUUAAAAGAAGGCGACGAUCCAAAAAGGCGAAUAAUAACUUUUCAUUUGAGGAGUAUCGUUAAAACUGAGGUAUUAUCGAAUAAAAAAUUAGAAAUGUUAGCCGCACGCGCGUGGUCGAUCCGACGAAAAUGAAUCUGUAAUAAAAACAUACUUCUCUGAUAAUACCUUCCCGAAUGAACAUAUAUCUAACGGAGUAUUAAAUCGUAUUAUUGCGUCACAUUUAAAGCUCUUGUUAUAUCUAUCAACUUGACUCGAAAUAACUCGUAUAUUUCGCUAUGCUGUAAAAAGGAUCAAAUCCUUGCGUAAAACGUUCAAUCGAAUAAAUAUUAUAAAUGGGAAAUUAUUGAAAAUAAAUCAUCAUCGGCAGGAAAAAUA